AUAAUAUUUAUCAUUGAUAUUGUUGUUGAAUAAAUUUUAAUAAACAAUAUAAACUAAUUGAGGAAAUAUUUACUAAAAAAAUAAAGUUUGAAUGGUUUUAAAAUGAAGCAAGAAGCCAACGAUCAAAUUGUUUGUCUGUAUUAUUAUUGCACAAUAAAUGUUUGUAAGUAUUAAAGCAUCAAUGUAUUUAUACGUUGGAUGUUUGUGUACUCUAGUAUAUACAGGUACAUAUAUAAUAAAUUUCCCGCCGCUGUUUUUGCUGCUUCUAUUCCAACCCAUCUCAACCAGUCGGUUCUCGUCGUUCGAUUGCGACUGUAAUCUCCUUGUCAAUCGCAAAUUCAAAGAUUUUAUUCGAAAUUUCAGAUUAGUAUUAUUAAAAAAUAAUAUAUUUAAAUACAAAUAUAGUUUAAAGUUAAGGUUUCUCAUCAGGUUUCAUUAUUAUUUAUGUUUUUUAAACUUUAAUUUAAUAACUUCGAUAAUCUAUAAAAAAUUUAAAAAAUAUAUACACAAAUUAUUACGAUAUUUCUUUUCAUAUUACAUAUUUUUUUUUCGUUUUAAGAAGAGAAUAUUUAGUGAAACAAAAAUAUGAAAUCUAAUAAUAAUAAUGAGUACUUGAAGUCGGCUAUUAAUGCAGAAGAAAACACUCUACUGGAAGCUGAAAUGAUACACUCAGCUGCACCAUUACAGGUUACUUGUGCAAAUGGAGGAACAAUAACAAAAAUAUUAAAAUCAUCAAAUACAUCAUCAAAAUUAUCAAUAAACAAUCGAUCAAAUUCAGUAACAAUGAAAAAACGUCAAAAACUGAUUGGUGUUUUUGCGAUAAUUUUACUUGCUACUUGUCUUUUGACUCUUCUUUUAUUGGUCCUAAAUCGCAGCCAAAAAUGUUCUAAUGAAAAUAAUGUUUGUUUAACAGAAGAAUGCAUUAAAACUGCUUCUAGUCUUUUAUCGGCAAUGGAUCGUAGUGUAUCACCUUGUGUUGAUUUUUUUCAAUAUGCAUGUGGUACUUGGAAUUUAUUUCACACAAUACCUGAAGACAGAAGUUCAAUAAAUCCAUUUGAAGUAUUGUCUGAUCAGCUACAAGUUGUCCUUAAAAAAUUAUUAGAAGAACCAUCAAACCAUCAAGACAACAAUGCCACUCUUAAAGCUAAAAUGUUCUACAAAUCAUGCAUGGAUAUUCAGCAAAUAAGACGCAUUGGAGAUAAACCACUUGUUGAUGUCUUAAAAGAACUUGGUGGAUGGCCAAUUAUCGAGGGACCAUCAUGGAAACCACCGAAAUUUACAAUUGAAGAAUUGCUCGGACGUCUUCGAGGUGAUUUUAAUGAAGGUGUUUUACUUGAACAAUGGGUUGGACCUGAUGACAAGAAUUCAUCAUCAAACAUCAUCCAGCUGGAUCAAAUGCAAUUGGCAUUACCAAGUAGAGAUUAUUAUUUAGAAAUAAAUAGUGAAAUCGAACUACGUGCCUAUCAUCGUUACAUGACACAAGUAUCACUCUUACUUGGUGCUGAUUAUAAAUUAGCUGUCGACGAAUUCAAACGUGUUAUUGAAUUUGAAAGCCAAUUAGCAAAUGCCUCAUUACCUGAAGCUGAUCGUCAUGAUACAUCACUUAUUUACAAAAAGCUCUCAAUUAGACAAUUACAGCGUCAAGUACCACAAUUUAAUUGGCGAAUUUACAUUCAAGAAUUCUUGGGAGAAUUAAAUGUUUCCGAUGAUGAACAAGUUGUUGUUUAUUCAUUGCCUUAUUUCAUACAAAUGGGUCGUAUUAUUGAAAAGACAGAUCAAAGAACACUCCACAAUUAUAUACUAUGGAGAUUUGUAAUGUCCCUAAUGCCCUACAUGAUUGAUGAUUAUCAGUUGAAACGUAUGGAAUUUCGUAAAGUAUUGUUGGGAAUAUUGAGUGAAAAAAAUCGAUGGUCUCAAUGUGUUGAAUGGACUAAUAAAAAACUUGGAAUGGCUGUUGGUGCACUUUUCAUUCGUGAUAAUUUUAAUCAUGAAAGCAAGGAAACUGCGCUAGAAAUGAUACACACAAUAAGAGAAGCUUUUAAUGAGUUACUAGUUGAAAAUGAUUGGAUGGAUGAUGAAACACGUGAUGUUGCUAAAAACAAAGCAAAUUCAAUGAACGAAAGAAUUGGUUAUCCUGAUUUUUUAAAUAAUCCAGAUGAAUUAAAUAAAGAAUAUUCAAUGCUUAAUAUGACAGAGAAUGAAUUUUUUAAAAAUGUUAUAUUUGUUUUAAAAUAUGAUGCACAAUAUAAUAUUCAAAAACUUCGUGAACCUGUUGAUAAAGAUAAAUGGUCAACAGAGCCAGCUGUUGUUAAUGCAUUUUAUAAUCCAAAUAAAAAUGAUAUUGUUUUUCCAGCUGGUAUAUUACAGCCAUUAUUUUAUUCUCAACAAUUUCCAAAAUCUUUAAAUUACGGAGGCAUUGGUGUUGUUAUUGGACACGAAAUAACUCAUGGUUUUGAUGAUAAAGGACGUCAAUUUGAUAAAGAAGGCAAUAUGAUGCAAUGGUGGAAUAAUGCAACAAUAAAAGCAUUUCGUGAACGUGCACAGUGUAUUGUAGAUCAAUAUUCACGAUAUAAAUUACGUGAAGUUGAUCAAUACAUUGAUGGAAGAAUGACACAAGGUGAAAAUAUUGCUGACAAUGGUGGAUUAAAACAAUCAUUUCGUGCAUAUAAAAAAUGGGUUGCUGUACAUGGAGAAGAGCCACUUUUACCUGGUAUUAAUUUAACUCAUGAUCAAUUAUUUUUUUUAAAUUAUGCACAAAUAUGGUGUGGUUCAAUGACACCUGAAGAUGCUCUAACAAAAAUUCGUAGCAGUGUUCAUUCACCAGGACCAUUUAGAGUACUUGGUGCAUUAUCAAACAGUGAAGAUUUUGCUAAAGCUUAUAAUUGUUCUUUGGGAUCUAAAAUGAAUCCAACACACAAGUGUAGCGUUUGGUAAAUUCAUCUAAAAAAUAAAUACAAAUAAUUAUACUCACCUUUUCUUGUAUACAAUCAACAAUAUUAUAUAUAUCUUUUAAAAAUAAAAAUAAUUAAUAUUUAUAAAUCAAAUUGAUAUAACGUUGACCUGGAUUUUUUGAAUUUAUAUAUAUGUUUUUAAGUAUUGUUCGUGUUUUAUUAUUAUUACUAUUUUUAAUACAAAAAUAGAAUGAAUUUCGUGUUAGUUGAUCGCGUGUAAUCAAGUAGAAUAUUAAAGCUUGAUUGUUGUUGAGAAUUUAUUGCUGAUUCUAGCCCAUUAAUUUAUAUAAAUUCAUAAAAAAAAAAAAUUAAAUAAAUAUCUUUAUCUAGUUUAUUUAUAUUGAUCUUGAUAAAUAUAUAAAAAUAAAUUAGUUUAUUGUUAGAUAGAUUUGUUCAUUGGCUCACUGUUAAUAAUGAUUAUUUUAAUUACAAUUUAGUUUUCUUUUUUUUCGAUACUCUGAAAUAAAUUUAAAAUAUAAUAUUCAAUAUAUAUUGUUGCUUUUUCACAAAUAAUCCAGUUUAAUUGUGUAACAUUUUUCUGUUGAAUUUAAAAAAAAAAAAAUGGAAAUUAGGUUUUUUUUUAAAUGACAAUAAACACAAUAAAUAAAUGAAGAAAAAAAGCAUUUCAUGUAUUUGUUGAAAGAUGCACUCCAUACAACAUCCAUACAACAGCAUUUGCUUGUUUUUAUUUUUUUUUUUAUUUUUUUUAUUUUUUCUCGUUUUUUAUGUAAAAAAAGGUGAAAAUAAAAAUAAUAUACAACAGACAGAGGACUAUUCUUCACCUUUCCUUUUUUUUUUUUUUUGUUUUUCUAUUUAUACGACAGGUAUUUCUUUUCAAUUGUAUUUACUAAUUAUUUUUUGUUUUAUUUUUCGCCAACCUGGGUCCUACAUAAUAUUUCGUUUUUUGUUUUUUUUUUGUUAUUCCAUAUAAAAAGGUAAUUUAAUCGAAAUUUGUACAUAUUGCACGCUCCAAUAAUUAUCAUAAUAUAAUUAAUUAAUAACAAUAAAAAUUAAUCAUAUAUUUACUAAAUUGAAAGCUAAUAAUCCUUGAUUUAUGAGGAAGAAUAGUAAACUGGGCAUUUAAUUUUUUUAUUUUGAAUUUUUUAUUAUUUUCAUUAUCACUUUAAAUAUUUUACUUUAAUUAUUUCAAUUAUUUUUCAAUGUUUUUUUUUUUUUAGUUAUCCUGUUAUGCCACUUUUUUUUAAAUAAUAAAUUUUCAAACUAAAUAUUAAUUGUUUUAAAACAAUAUUUUAUAUAUCAUGCAUAAUCAUCAUUAAUUAAUAUUAAUAGUAAUAAUACAACUAGAGCAACUUGCUGCUUCUGUACAUAAUUUAUAUACGGACUUUUUCUUUUUUAUUAUUUAUUAUUAUUUCAUAAUUAUUUAUUAUUAAUUAAUAUUAUAAUUAUUUUUUUUUUUAGUUUUUCUUUUUUUUUAAUUUUUCUUUAAUUUUUAUAACUUGAACGUGUUUUUCAUUCGCUUAGGUACUUUCACACUUAUUUUUCAACUUUGUAUUUUUUUUUUUUUAAUUUUGCGCAAUGAGCCGCAAGUGUUUUAUUAUAUAAUUAUACGAACUUUUUUAUUUUUGGUUUAAUUAAGAAAAAAAGAAAAAUUCAUUGACUUGAUGAAAUAUUGUUAAAUGUUUUCAAUAAAAUUAAAUAUAAAGCUUGACAUUUAGUGGUGUUAAUAUUAUUUGCACAUUAUUAUAUAUUUAAUCGUUCAAGCCUCAAAGUUUGAAUUUAUAAAUGUUUUUAUUUUAGUUAUUUGUGAGACGGUUAUAGUGACACAGAAAAAUUUGAACUAUUCAAAAACUACACCCUGAUAAACCAUUUCGUACCAUAAUUUUCAUAUUUGUUUUUUUUCAUUUAAUUAUAAAUUUUCUUCUAUUUUAUAUUCAGGAUACAACAGUAUAUUAUUAUUUUUAUCGCAUAUUCAUUUUUGUAUUUAAUUAUUCUCAACUCAUUGCUAUACCAUUCGAAAAUAUAUUAAUAUAUUUUUAUCAUCUUAAAUACAAUAUUGUACACAUUUAUUAAAAUCUAUAGUUUUUUUUGUUUUUUAUUAUUCAUUUAUUUAUUGAGUACUUUGAGGAUUGGUUUUGAACGAUUUUAGUUUAAAUAUAUAUUUUAUUUUUCGUGAGUGUAUAUACAUCGCAUGUAUUUCAAUAUCAUCUACAUCUUUAAUUUGUUUUUUUUUUUGUUUUUUUAAUUUUUUAUUAUUAUUAAAUAUUAUUAUACAUUUAUUUUUGUUUUCGUAAUAAUCUUUGUGACGGCCUGCGCGUUUAAGAAAAAUACAUAUGUAUUAUACAAUGCGCAUUGUGUAUACAACAAACUAUAAUAUAGCUUUAAUAAUAAUAAUAAUAAUGAUAAAUAAAUGUCAAUUUUAUCUAGUAUUUUAUUUGAAAACA